AUGGAUCCUGUCUCUCCAGAAAGAAGGAGGUUGUUACCCUCUUCUUCACUUGUUAUCAAUGCAAGUAAAAGGAAGUACAAACCUUUCAACUGCUUCAGUAACUACUGUAAGGAAUUAAAGUCUCGUUCAUUGAGUUUACCAUUAAUCCUCCUACUGAUUUAUGCUCUACCAGUUAACAUUUGUGUUGCACUUACUGAUUCAACUAGUAGCCUGUUCAGUCAAUGUGACUUAUUUCACUCUAAAAGUGAUACAUUUGUUUUUGAUGUAGCACUUGUAUUAAAUGUAUUCUUUCUUCUUGCCCCUUUCUGUGGUUGGUUAUCAGAUACUAAGAUUGGUAGGGGUAAUGCUAUUUAUCUUGGUCUAUGGCUUGGUUGGAUUGGUACUCUAAUACAAGCCAUAGGAUGCUGUUUGCAGUAUGAUUCCUUUCAGUGUAGCACUGUUUCUUUCAUAGGAAGAGUUGUAAUUCCAUUUGUUUUUAUGUUAAUAUCAUUGUCACUCCUGUUACCUAAUAUAUUACCAUAUGGUAUAGAUCAGUUGAUGAAUGAAUCUACUGUCAAAAUAAGAGCAUUCAUUCACUGGUUCUCACUCUGCCUUUAUGGUAGUUCUGUAUUUUCAUUUAUAUCAGAUGGGCUCAUUCUUUCAGUUGUGGCCUUUGCUCUCUUUUCUUUUUCUCUUUGUCUUCAUUUCCUCUUUAAGCAUUGUUUUGAGCACAUACCUAUUCCUAAUCCUUAUAAAAUUGUAUUUAAAGUACUGAAGUUUUCUCUCACAACUAGUGGCACUAGAAGACAGCAUCGUAGUGCAUUCACAUACUGGGGAGAGGAGCCCAGUAGAAUGGAUCUUGCUAAGGAGAGGUAUGGUGGUUGUUUCUCUCAUGAAGAAGUGGAAAAUGUAAAAACUUUCCUACAAAUUGCUGUUGUUUUGAUUACUGUUUUCCCCUUAAUUGUUUCUAUCUUUUUUUUAUUUCGUUUAUCUAAUUUUACUAUACAAUUUAAAGAUGGCUCUAAUGAAAGUUCUGGGAAUGGUAUCUGGCUUUUAAGUAACAUCAUCCCUUUGUUUGUUCUGGUCCCUUUGUUUGAACUGGUUAUUCUACCUCUCUUCCCUAAAUUAGAAUAUUUCCUAAUUAAUCCAUUGAAAGGACUUGGUUUGGCUUAUAUUUUCCUCAUAUUAUCAAUUAUUAGUGUUUUCUUCAUUGACUUGAUUGGAAGGAUUGUUGCUGAUAGUGACUCCAAUAUUCCUUGUUUCUUCAUGUGGAAAUCAGUCCAUCAAACAAUUGAUAUUUCCUAUUGGAUACUACUCAUACCAUCAGUAUUGGCUUAUACAGCAUAUUUUUGUGGUGGGAUGUAUUUAUUUGAGUUUAUGUGUUGUCAGUCUCCUUUUGGUAUGCAUGGAAUGAUCAUUGGACUUUGUUGGUUUUUCAGUGGUAUAUUCAUUGACAUUGCUAUAGGUAUAUUUUUAAUAGUUUAUUAUCACCCUAUACCCUUGGUCAAAUUUAUGUCAUGUACCUCAUGGCUCACUAUCACCCUUUGUAUAAUUGCUGUUAUUGGAUUAGUGGUGUAUGUAUUAAUAGCUCGAUGGUAUGUCAAUAGGGUCAGGGAUACUGAUCUUGGUCUACGUGCAGCAGUAGAAGAACAUUGGGAGAAUAGACUGACAUCAGAAAAUGACACCGAAACAGAAGAUUUUCUUAUUUCUAGUUUUAAAUGA